GUGAAAAGAUCGAAAUUGUGAAGGUGAAGAAGAUUGAAUUUUGAUGAAGUUUUUUCGUAGAGAGAUUCAUAACAUCCUAAGAGGCCAUUCAUCUGUUAUCCUGCGUUAAUAGUCUUUGAUAAUAAGAGUGAUUAGAAGACUUUAUAUACUUAUUUUACAAUUUGGUGUACAACUGACGGAGCUGCGGAGAAUAAUUCUUGAAAACGGAAUGGAUACUAGAUUCAAAAGAAAGAAACAAGCGCCUAUGGUAAAACGGAUCAAUCGCGUCCAAAUUAACCGAAUCAAAACAGGACAGUCAAAUCGAUCAAGACAUCUUUCACGUAUCAUUGUGAAGCCCAAAAGAUAUGCGACAUCAUCAUCAGAGAACGAAUCCUUACGAAAGCGUAAAAAUGCCGUUAAUAUGCACAAGAAAAUUAUUUCUACAAAUAUAGAGAAAGAAAUUACAGCUAUAAGAAAAACGUUGGAGAAUGUUUCUCCUAACAUAAAUGGCGUUGAUACUAAUAAAAAAACGCUCAACAAUCCUGAAUACCAGAUUGCGUCUUUGCCUAUGCAGCAUACUGAAGCUUCUGUGGAAAAUAAUUUGCUAGUUAAUGCUUCUCAGACACAUUUAGAGGAGACUUCUAGUACACAGUCGUAUUGUUCGCUAAUUGGAUGUGCCAGUGAUCAGCAAGUAGAAAUACGUGACUCACAACCGUACAAUCCACAAAGUACUUGUAGAACAGAAGGUUCAGGACAAUACAGCCCAUACAUUAUACGCAGCUUGCACCUAAUAAUACAUCGGCUGUUUCUGAAGUAUCAAGAAGUGCUGUAAAUAAUGUUGCACUGCCUACUGGAUAUUCCAGCUGUAAUAAGAUGGAUUAUUCCAACGAAAUGGAACAAUGUUAUGACAAUCCUGCUCGAGUAUCGAGAAUGUUUGAAUCUUUCACUGUAAGGCCUCCUGUAUCGAUUCCGCACACUAUAACGUCCCAGUAUAUGAGCUUUUCAGAUAAUUCAGAACAUAGAAAUUCAAUGAUACCAUGCGAUUCAUCGGCUAGAAUGAACGUACAAGAAAGAACUGAAUGGUCUACACCAAAUAAUAAUGUUACUUUACCCGAACGAAAUGAAAUAAACUUGGGAAAUGUAAACAAAUUUCACGACAAUCACGAAGAAAUGCGACGCCUACGAGAAAAGGUCGAUAACCUGAAUGCGAAAAUGGAUAAUAUGAUGACAAAAGAACAUUUUGAGUAAGUAACAUAGUUUUUAUAAAUACGUACAUCGUAUAAAAA